UGAAGCUUCGACAGUGACGGCACCUCCAACACCCAAGGGAUAAGUCAAAUCCGCUGACGUCUAAAACACCAACGAUUUAGUGUUAUGUCUAUUUCAUUGUUAUAUUUUUACAUAUUGAGUAUUUUUCUAUAUUAAGUAAAGCCAUGAAUACUACGGAAGUGGUAAAAAAGACGCAGCAGGGCAGAUUCUGCGAGUUUUGCGGGCUGAACUUCAAGGCGAGGACCACCCAGUAUAAACACAUGUUAAAACAACAUCCUGAGGAAUGGUCUCUGAAACAAAUUAAGAAGCGAAUGGAGAGACAGUUCCAAUGUAAAUUCUGUCACUGCAAGUUUCGGUAUAAAAAUAACCUAACUACCCACAUAAAGAAAGUACAUAAGACCGCAGAUAUUGUUUUAAACAGCCUCUCAGAUGGUUCCUCAAAGAGAAAAUCUCACCUAAAUUACUGCAAAGAAGAUAACUGCUCUGCAAGUUUCACAACAAUAGAACAACUCAAGCAUCACUUGACAAAGGAACAUUUCAUACAAAUGGAAACAACCUAUAUGACAUUUAUGAAUUACAAUGAAUUUGAAGAUUGGAGAAGAGGCUUAGAGAGGAACACAACACGGUUUAUGCCCAGGAUGAAGUGGCCACGAGCAGAUGGUGGCUAUUCACGUCUCUUCAAAUGCAUGCGUUCUGGUGUUUAUUGUCCUACUGUAGCAGAGGAGAACAGAAAGAGAAGAUUAAAACUGGAGGGUUCGUACAAAAUUGGUCAGCACUGCCCAGCACAGUUGACAGUCAUAAUGUACCCCAGUGGUUUAACAAAAGUUAAAGCGUGUCUCACCCAUUAUGGCCACGAAUUUAAUGGAAAGUAUACUUAUGGGUAUAACAAAAACAAGAGUAAGAAGAAGAAGGAUCAAAUGAAGCAUGAUUAUGUGGAUAUGUACUCGGACCAAACACCACCUGAAACUGAAAAUGAUCACGAGGUUCUUACUUCAAGCUUAGCAACAAGAGAAACGCUUAGGGAUCAAGCUAAAGACCUGUGUGGCUUCCUCCAGGGCCUUUUGACCACAAGUGAAGUUGGAGAGGAUAAUCUUGCUCAGAUUGUCAUGAAUCUUAAUUCAUCUAUUUCUUUAGCGGGCUGGAAACCCACACAAGAAAGUCAAUUUGUUCCUGUUGAGGUUGUACAUAAUGUGAGAGAAAUUGAAGCCCAAGAACAAACACCAAUUCACAGAAUAGUGACCAGUGCGUCGAAAGAUAACAGCAGCAGAGAUCUAAAGUGUGAUGAACAUGAAUUUAAGCCAAAAGUUGAGCAACAAGAGGUAGUUCAAGAGUAUUUGAUAACAGAAUCACCAUGUGAACAAUACAUUUUAUGGGCAUAAAAUCAGUGUCUAUCUUGAUUUUUUUUUUUAAGAAAAUGUACAUACUCCGUUGGUAGAUUGCUUACCUAACGUGUAAAUAUGAACUUGAUGCUUUCAAUUUCCAAGAAUACUGUUAUGUAGCAAAUCUGAACUUGGGAGCAAAAGCUCAUAGCAGCAAUAUGGAAGAGACAAGUGUGAGUAUAUGAGGAAUUUUCCAUAUUGGAAUUAUACUGUAUAGUAUAUAUAUAUUCUGAUGUUAAUACUGUACAAAAUGAUUAAUGAAGUAAAUUUCAGCAUACCACGCAUGUCUAACAUUCAAACUACUGCUGUAUAUCUGUGUCAUUUUAUGGCAUGCUGCAAGAAUUUUUAUACUCUGUUAUGCAGAUAUCCAAAUAAUAUUCAAAUGGUAGUGUAUCAUUACUUCUUAGAGUUAAUGACAUCUUUUAUUAAAGUAUGUAAAUAUACAUUUUUCUCAUUCAAAUUCCAAAUGGAUAUGAUCAGAAGUCAUAGGCAUAGAGCAUUGUAGCUUAGGACAAGUGGUGGCUGCAAAGAACAUUUAAUACCACCUAAAGUGUGCCAUGAAGCAGCAACCCUACAUGGUGAAAGAGGGAAUGGAAAAAGUGUCACGAGAAAACAUAUCAAAAUACUAAUGGUGGUGAUGAAUGAGAACAGAAAAAUUAUCGCGAGAAAACGUAUUAAAAUAUUAAUGGUGGUGAUGAAUGAGAACACAAAGUGUGCUAUGGAAAUAAUAGACCUUUCGAUUAGUGCUUGACUGCUAUCCAGAAUUACAUUUUUAAUGCAUUUCUAAAUUUCUGUGAUGAUUGUUAACAAAUGUCUGGUUAUGAAGUCGUCAUGGAUGAACAUUCCAGUGCUAUUUACUGGUAAUUUCAGAAAGACAACUUAUGUUCAUAAUAAAGUAUUUUCUCCUCA